AUGACCACCCCACUUAUCAUCUCACCGACCGACCCCAUUAUCUCCCACCCAGAAACCGUCCUUCUGGACGCGUCUUGGCUUUACGAGCCUGAUCCACCCACACGAGAUGCAUGCAGGGAGUUUUUGGACGGUCCACGAUUUCCGGGAGCGAGGUUUUGGUCCUUGGACGAUGUCUCCGAGCCUCAUCCAGAGGGAUACGCUUUAAUGCUGCCUUCUCCUGAAAGAUUCGCCAGGUUUGCUGGUGAACAUGGCAUCAAUCAAGACUCUCACGUGGUCGUGUACGAUAGCGAAGGGAUAUUCUCCGCUCCUCGGACUGUCUAUGGCCACGAAAAAGUAUCGUUGAUCGACGGAGGACUACCUCGAGCCAAAGCAGAGGGAGUGAAGUUGGAAGCGGGUGCUCCGCAGGAAUAUAAGGUGAGUUCAGGCCCAAAGAUCCCCGCUGACUGGCAGCCAACGACAUAUCCAGUGCCUACUGCUUCAGCACGAGCUGUUGUUGCAACCUUGGAAAAUGAGACCGUUCUGAUUGACGCGCGACCGGCCGCUUCGUAUGAAUCAGGUCAUAUACCCACUUCCCUUCUGUUUGAUUUUGCCGAGGCUCUUCUCAAAGAUCCCGCUGGGUAUACCCAACUACGAGAGCCAGAGAAGCUUAAGAAAUACUUUGUGGAAAGGAUUGGUGUACAAGCAGCGAAUAAAGUGUUCUCAGGGGAGUCUACAGUGGUUAACAUCAAGAUCACUGGACCGAACCCAUUGUAG